AAUCUGAACGCCCUCUGCUCCUUCUCCCACGUAUAAAAUGAAGUCCACUUUCUUAGAUCCCUCAUUACAGCCUCCCAUGAAUCAACACCAGGUCUAUCAUCACGGCACUGUAUUGAACAUACACCACCACACAGACUGACAGACCGAGAGAGGAAGAGACAACUUUUGGGAGAUUGCUCAGGGGUCCAAACAUGAGUCUGCAGUGUCUUGUGUGUCACUGUGUAGAAAGUCCUUCGCACUCUUUUAGGAGUUUUUCUACUUCUGACAAUGAUGGAAGAUGUUCUGCUAUUGCCAAUUGCUUAACCCGGAAAUUAUCACUAACCCCAACUGCGGCAACCUCUUGUUACACAUCAUCAUCCAAAGUGACCCCACAACCAACAAUUCCAGGCAACAAUGUGGGUGCCCCUCGACUUGUCCGAAGCCGGGCUGUGAGAAGGGAUCUUGUGAGAGACUGGAACUUUGAUGAGGUGGUGCUGGAGCAUUGAUUUUGUGAGUCUGGGACUCUAGGAUAGGAAGAGUACAGCGCUCUUCUCGUGGAAUAGGAUUAGAGCAAUGCCUUGCUCUGUGUACUAGUUGUAUUUUGCCACGGGUGCAAUUGAACUCGCUUUUUCUUUGGAAGAGUUUGAGCAUUUGUAACCAUUUUGAAAAAUUGAAUUUGUUCUUAA